UUUCGAAGCACACUUGGGGUUUGAUUCUCGAACUCAGACACAAGGGGCGAUUCCAGCCAUUUUCUCUUUACAGCAGCCCAGGCCCAUUCGUCAAGCUGCUAGAACGAAAAAGACCCCCACAAGCAUUUUCCAGAUAUUAUUGAUACGUUUUCCUUUUUCUUUUCUUUUGGUCAGUGAACUUGACAAACCGACACCGUUUAAGGGCCCUUCAUGCCUCCACUAUUACGUAUCUUGAAACGGCGACGCACAACAACAAUUCCAACACUCAAACACUGUACAACGCAUCCAUACAAAAACCCAAUGGUGGCGUCACUCAUGGGAGACAAACUGUUAUCUCAUCAUCUUCUAAAACAUGCUCCUACGUGGCACAAUCUCCGCUCCCCUCUCUUGUCUCCGCCUCAGAAGCACCACCACCUCCACUCCCCCUUUAAACGUCUCCUUUUCGCGGCGCACUUCAACCACCACCAACAACUACUCAAUCUCCGACCAAGACCUCGACUCCCGAGGCUUCCUCCUCCACCGCACGAUCGCGGAGCUCAACAUGGACCACCUCAACAAGGUCUUCGUGGCGGUCGGGUUUCCGAAGCGGGAUCCGGAUAAGAUCCGAACGGCGCUGGAGCACACCGAUGCGCUGCUGUGGAUGGAGUACAGGAAGACGAAGAGGCCUGUGGCGUUUGCUAGGGCGACAGGGGACGGCGUUUUCAACGCAAUCAUAUGGGACGUGGUGGUGGACCCCUCGUUUCAGGGGCUGGGGCUGGGGAAGGCGGUGAUGGAGAGGUUGGUGGAGGAGUUGGUGGCGAAAGGGAUUUGUAAUAUUGCGUUGUAUUCGGAGCCCCGGGUUCUCGGGUUUUACAGGCCCUUGGGCUUUGUGGCGGAUCCGGAUGGGAUCCGGGGAAUGGUGUACUCCAGAAAACCCAAAAGGAAGACAUAAAUAUUCACUGUUUGUUUUGGUUGAUAAAUAUUCAUUUGAUAGGUUAAUUGUAAGAUUUCUUUUGUUUGGUAAAUAUUAAUGGUAAAGAUAAGCAGCAAAGCACAGGCCAUUACAGAAAUUCUGUGCUUUUUUCUGGAUUGUUGUAUCUCUCAUUGAUUGUUUCUUGUCUUCCUCCCGAAGAAGAAAGCCUUGUGUAGUUUUUGAAUUUUUGCAAACAAGCAAUUUGGCUCAUGAUUCUACUGA